GCAGGCGUCCGCGCGCGGCCCGCCCCGGCAUGGAGAAGCGCGCGGCCGCGGGGACGGAGGGGGCGCCGGGCGCCAGGGCGCCGCUCGCAGUCGUCUGCCUGGUGAACCUUUUUCUCACUGGGAGGCUCAGCAGUGCAGUUCCCGCCUUAGCUGCCUGCAGCGGAAAGUUGGAACAGCACACCGAACGGCGAGGGGUCAUCUACAGUCCAGCCUGGCCACUCAAUUACCCGCCGGGCACCAACUGCAGCUGGUACAUUCAGGGUGACCGUGGGGACAUGAUCACCAUCAGUUUCCGUAACUUUGAUGUAGAGGAGUCUCACCAGUGUUCCCUCGACUGGCUCCUGCUGGGCCCAGCAGCUCCACCUCGCCAGGAGGCCUUCCGCCUCUGUGGUUCAGCCAUCCCACCCGCCUUCAUCUCUGCCCGUGACCAUGUUUGGAUCUUCUUCCACUCAGACGCCUCCAGCUCCGGCCAGGCCCAGGGCUUCCGCCUCUCUUAUAUCCGAGGGAAGCUGGGCCAGGCAUCCUGCCAGACAGAUGAGUUCCGCUGUGGCAACGGCAAGUGCCUGCCUGGUCCUUGGCAGUGCAACAUGGUGGAUGAGUGCGGAGAUGGCUCGGAUGAGGGUAACUGUUCUGCACCCGCCUCGGAGCCACCAGGCAGCCUGUGCCCCGGGGGCACUUUCCCAUGUAGUGGCGCUCGCUCCACACGCUGCCUGCCGGUAGAGCGGCGCUGCGAUGGCACCCAGGACUGUGGUGACGGCUCCGAUGAGGCUGGCUGCCCCGACCUAGCAUGUGGCCGGCGGCUGGGCAGCUUCUAUGGUUCCUUCGCCUCCCCAGACCUGUUUGGCGCUGCCCGUGGCCCUUCGGACCUUCACUGCACGUGGCUGGUGGACACGCAGGACCCCCGGCGUGUGCUGCUGCAGCUGGAGCUACGGCUGGGUUAUGACGACUACGUCCAGGUGUAUGAAGGCCUGGGCGAGCGUGGGGACCGGCUGCUGCAAACACUGUCCUACCGCAGCAACCACCGGCCGGUGAGCCUCGAGGCAGCACAGGGCCGUCUCACUGUGGCCUACCACGCUCGCGCCCGCAGUGCUGGCCAUGGGUUCAAUGCCACAUACCAGGUGAAGGGCUACUGCCUCCCAUGGGAGCAGCCGUGUGGCAGCAGCAGCGGCGGCGGCGAGGGAGAUGAUGGCAGCUCAGGGGAGCAGGGCUGCUUCUCGGAGCCACAACGCUGUGACGGCUGGUGGCACUGUGCAAGUGGCCGGGAUGAGCAGGGCUGUCCCGCCUGCCCUCCGGAUCAGUAUCCCUGUGAGGGUGGCAGCGGCCUGUGCUAUGCCCCUGCUGACCGGUGCAACAACCAGAAAAGCUGCCCCGACGGCGCCGACGAGAAGAACUGCUUUUCCUGCCAACCGGGCACCUUCCACUGUGGAACCAACUUGUGCAUCUUUGAGACCUGGCGCUGUGAUGGCCAGGAGGACUGCCAGGACGGUAGCGAUGAGCACGGCUGUCUGGCCGCCGUGCCCCGCAAGGUCAUCACGGCCGCUCUCAUCGGCAGCCUAGUAUGUGGACUGCUGCUAGUCAUUGCCCUAGGCUGCGCCUUCAAACUCUAUUCUCUGCGCACGCAAGAGUACAGGGCCUUUGAGACCCAAAUGACUCGUUUAGAGGCAGAGUUUGUGCGGCGGGAGGCGCCCCCAUCCUAUGGCCAGCUCAUCGCACAGGGUCUCAUUCCACCUGUUGAGGACUUUCCUGUCUACAGCGCAUCCCAGGCAUCAGUGCUACAGAACCUUCGCACAGCCAUGCGACGACAGAUGCGUCGGCACGCCUCCCGCAGGGGGCCAUCUCGUCGCCGCCUCGGCCGCCUCUGGAACAGGCUUUUCCACCGACCGCGGGCACCUCGAGGCCAGAUCCCGCUGCUGACGGCCGCACGUACCUCCUCACAGACCGUGCUGGGCGAUGGGCUUCUCCAGGCAGCGCCAGGGGCUGUCCCAGAUGCCCCCGCACCCCAUACAGACACAGGCAGCCCCAGGGAAGCUGGAGACGGGCCUCCUAGUGGGCCCGGCCAUGCACCGGAAGUAGGACCUUCAGUGCCACCCCCACCCUUGAACCUGCGAGACUCAGAGCACAGGCCUGAGGACAAGGAGAGAAAGGCCUGUGAGGACCCUCUGGAAGACAGCCCACCCCCCGUGGACACGCCUCCAGAGCCCUGCUUGGCCCAAGACCCCUACCCCCAGACUCCCACUGUCAGCGGCGCCCAAGAUCCCCAUUCACCAGAGCCACUGGGGGUCUGCAGGAGCCCCCCACCAACCUGCUCCCCAAUAUUGGAGGCUAGUGAUGAUGAGGCCCUGCUGGUCUGCUGACCCAUCGGACAUGCUGGUGACUGCCACAGCCCCGCUUUGUAACCAGGGAAUACACAGUCAUUUCUACCCUGCCUCUGCGUUCCUUCUUACAGAGGCCCACCCAGCAGCCCCGGUGGAG